GUGUAGUGAAGUCUACUACUGCUCCUACUAUCACUGCUGCUACCACUACUGAGCAAAUUCAAGCAGACAGCAGCACCAGCUUUCUCUUCCUCUUCCGGCGCUUUCAUUUUCCCCACCUUAUUCCCCACCAAAACAAAAUCCCCGCAACACUCUUAACCAGCCUCUCAAUCUCCCAAAAUUUCUUCUCACCCAUUUUCCGAUUCCCUCACAAAUUCUUCUCCAUGCAAGUCAUUGCUCACCACCGUUUUGAAUCAUAAUCUUCAGCUAACUUCCCUUUUACCCUGUCCCUGUUAUUGUUAUCCGCUUUUCCUUCCCUAGAAGAAGAAUGGGUUGUCAUUCCCAUAUUUGCCUGCCUUGUUUUUCUUUGUAGUAGUAUAUAGAAAAUUUCCAUCUUCAGUAGGGGGAAAAUUAAACUUUUCCUCCAUUUCUUUGCUUAUAUAAAAAAAAAAAAAAUUUAGAGGACGAGAGUUUCUAUACGUACAAGUUUGUGAAAAAUGGAGAAAAAGCAAGGCUUUUUUUCGGCGAUAAAGGAGGAGGUAGUAAGGGGUUUAUCGCCGUCGAGGUCACGAUCAAAGAGCCCAGCAAGGAGCGCCUCACCCAUCUCGGCUUUGCUCCGGAGGAAGAAGACCAGCGGUAGUACCAGCAGCAGUGGUAACAGCUACGUAGCGAAUCCCGAAGCGUUGAUUGCGAGAUCAGGGAGUAUGAGGCCGUUGGGGGAGACUCUGACACCGUUAAUGGAAGGCCCCGAUCCGGAUGGAGGUGAAAUCGGGGAGUCGAAGCGGGUCGGGUUGGGUCAGUGGAUGAAGGGUCAGCUCUCUCGGGCCCCGUCCGUGACUUCAAGUGGGUACGGAAGUAGUAACAACAACACUUCCGGGGGAAGCUGUAAUAGGAGGUCUGAUCUGAGGUUGUUGCUAGGUGUCAUGGGUGCGCCGCUCGCCCCGGUUCACGUUAGUUCUAUGGACCCUCUGCCCCAUCUCAGCAUCAAAGACACCCCCAUUGAAACUUCUUCAGCCCAAUACAUAUUGCAGCAGUAUACUGCUGCAUCUGGUGGUCAAAAGCUUCAGAAUUCUAUUAGAAAUGCUUAUGCUAUGGGAAAGCUGAAGAUGGUGGCUUCCGAAUUCGAAACUGCAACAAAGGUUGUGAAGAAUAGAAAUGCUGCUAGAGCUGCUGAGUCUGGAGGUUUCGUCCUGUGGCAAAUGAAUCCUGACAUGUGGUAUGUCGAGCUUGCAGUUGGCGGUAGCAAGGUACAUGCUGGUUGCAAUGGCAAGCUUGUUUGGAGGCACACACCUUGGCUUGGGGCUCAUACAGCGAAAGGGCCGGUUAGGCCUUUACGCCGUGCUUUACAGGGUCUUGACCCAAGAACAACAGCCGGUAUGUUUGCAGAUGCCAGAUGCAUUGGAGAGAAGAAAAUUAAUGGGGAGGACUGCUUCAUUCUCAAGCUUUGUGCUGAUCCUCAGACACUGAAGGCAAGGAGUGAAGGGCCUGCAGAGAUCAUUAGGCAUGUCCUUUUUGGCUAUUUCAGCCAGAAGACUGGUCUUCUUGUGCACAUGGAGGAUUCACAUCUUACCCGCAUUCAAUCUAAUGGGGGUGAUGCAGUUUACUGGGAAACCACUAUUAACUCUUUCUUAGAGGAUUAUCGUCCUGUUGAAGGUAUAAUGAUUGCUCAUUCUGGUCGUUCAGUGGUUACACUUUUCCGGUUUGGGGAGAUGGCAAUGAGCCAUACGAAAACAAGGAUGGAAGAAGCUUGGACAAUUGAAGAGGUGGCGUUCAAUGUUCCUGGCUUGUCUUUGGACUGCUUUAUUCCACCAGCUGACUUACGGUCAGGGUGCAUGAGUGAAGCCUGUGAACUCCCUCAAGAUGAAAGGGCAAAGAGUGCACUUGCGCUUGCUGCUCACCGGGCAAAGGUUGCUGCACUGGAGAAAACUCACGGCAGCAACAUGGAUAAUGUGUUCUGGAAAGUUGAGGUCUAACCUAACAGGAUCAGUGCCGCAAUUGUUUAUAUGGGUAGGCAGUUUUUAAUAUUCUAACGAAGUAGAAAUUAGGAGCUAAGCAAAAUUAAGUUAGUUGAAUAUGCAUCUACUAUUCUGUAAAUGGAGCAUAAUUAUUCACAGGCUCUUGCCUGGAGCCUGGAUGAAUAUUUAUGCUCUCAAUGCGGAAUCCAACUAAGGGGUUGGAGCUCCUUUUUUUUUUUUUUAAAGUAAUGGAUAGAACAUGCGGAGGCUAAUGUUUUGGUUACCUUCCAAUAGUAAAGGAAGGUGGGGAAGCACAAAACCUAGGCUGAACCAUUGACCUUUGAAUGCUGAUUUCAUACUAAUUUCACCGUCCAAAUGUAUACCAACUGGGCAGUUUGAAGAAUCGUCCUCGAUGAGGUUGAUACUUCAGCAGUAGUACUAGUGUUUUAGCAGUUCUUUCAAGUUCUUUUUAUUGCAGUCUUCUUGCU